CCUCACUAUCAUAACCCAUAGACAAAAUGAGUGCUUUUCAGUCGGGUAGCGGCUCUUCGGAGCUCACCAUGGCCGUUAUAGGUUGCGGUAAGUGACCAGUUCCAAGCACAAUUCAAAGCUCACACUCCCUCCAGGCACAAUGGGUAUCGCCAUUCUCUCCGGCAUCCUCGCCUCCCUCGACGAGAUGCAAGAGACCAGCAAGCCCACAUCAGGCACUUCAACCCCUCUUUACGAAACCGCAGUGGCAACCCGUCUUCCUUCACGCUUCACCGCCUGCGUUCGGCGCCCCGAAUCCGCCAAGAAACUCAGGCUCACCUUCGCCGCACACGCUUCCCAGGUCGAGAUCGCCCAGAACGCCAACGUCUCCGCGGCGCGGAAAGCCGACGUCAUCCUCCUAGCCUGUAAACCCUACAUGGUGAAAGAGGUGCUCUCGGAACCGGGGAUGGCGCAGGCGCUCGAGGGCAAGCUGCUGAUCAGCAUCCUGGCCGGGGUGACGGAGACGCAGCUGGAGGAUACACUGGCCGAGGCGGCCAAGCCCGAGCGGGUGCGGUGCCGCGUCGUUCGGGCCAUGCCCAACACGGCGUCGCUCAUCCGCGAGAGCAUGACAGUCAUCGGCAUCUCCAACCCGCCGCUGGACCCGGAGACGCUGGGGCUUGUCACGUGGAUCUUCAAGCGCAUCGGCGACGUCGUCUACCUUCCGCCGUCCACCAUGGACGUGUGCACGGCCCUGUGCGGCAGCGGCCCUGCCUUCUUCGCGCUCAUGCUCGAGGCUGCCAUCGACGGCGCCGUCGCCAUGGGCCUGCCGCGCGCCGAGGCCCAGCGCAUGGCCGCGCAAACCAUGAAGGGUGCCGCCGGCCUGGUGCUGAACGGGGAUCAUCCCGCGCUGCUAAGGGAUAAGGUCAGCACGCCGGGUGGGUGUACGAUUGGGGGCUUGCUGGUGCUUGAGGAAGGGAGGGUGAGGGGUACGGUGGCGCGGGCGGUGAGGGAAGCGACCGUGGUGGCGAGCCAGCUCGGCCAGGGCGUGCAGGGUGUGAAUGGGACGCGGUUCCCGACUAAUCAGUUCCAAUAGAGCUCAGGAGAUAUUGGGCUUGGAGCUCACCCAAUGCCCAUAAUACCAUGAGUUCGAUGAGAUUCGGGGUAGACAAAAGCACAUAUGGUCUUCAGAUAGAUUGAGGACGGCAGGGCUUCCUUGUCCUGUAGUCGGGUAUAGCAGAUGGGGAGUAAAAUGAUCUGGACAAUCCACCAACUCAACCUCCUACGAGCCGGGAGAGGGAGAGGAAGGGUAUAUAGACAUCGUUUCGUCCGUAGAUAGGGCAAGUUAGCCUUCGUCAGGAGCGCUGUAGCCGAGCGGCAUGGCGCUUAUGCGAGUAACCUAACCAGAAAUCGUUCUUGCACGGUUUCGUAGGCAGGCAGGUCGGUAGUUCGAGUCCAAACUGGAAACGGUGUGGCCUUGCCGCCUGAGCUUUAUGUCAUUUUCUUUUUCCAUGUCACUCGUGGGG